AUGGCCCCAUACAUCCCCUUCGUUCCGACCGAAGCAUUCGCUAUCGCCACAGAAGAAGAGUGGCACAAUGCAAUCUUCCAGAACGUGAAUGUCUCUGACAAACAAGCAGCUCUGCUGCAAACGGUUACUGCGAAUGCCGCAGAAUCGACCACUGGACGAGUCAGAGACUGGGUUGGUCGCCUGACCUUAGAAAUAAGCAGGCACUAUGACGGAUACCUUCAGAGCCUCCUUCGAGAGGUUGAAUCCCUGCACAUCACGGUCCAGAACCAGCAGGCACUAGUCGAUUCCUACAAGCGACAAGUUGAUGCACUACCUGCGUCAACGGGUAGUGGUCAUUCCCGUCAACCUAAGAUUGGGGAACCUCCGGCCUUCAAGGGCAGUGAGGAUAAGACCAAGCUUGAGGAAUGGCUGGACCUGAUCCUGCAAGGACCAGCUCAUCAGUACAUGAAGAGCUACUACGUGAAAAUGCGGGAAGGAAAGGAUCUGGGCACCUGGAAGGCAUUCGUGGCAGAGCUUGCCCAGAUAUACGGGCAACGCGACGACAAGGAGGGUGCAAAGAAGGAGAUCACGGCACUGUUCAUCAAUAAGGAUCUGGCCUCGAAGGACUUCGUGAAGUACGCUGAGAGGUUCCGCACCCUCGGACGUCUCACGGAGUAUGACGAUAGUCUCCUCAUCGACAAACUCCGGGAGGUUAUACCUCGUGACAUGCGGUUGGUGUUGGCCGGAAAGGACGAGUCCACCUUGCCAAAGGAUUGGACAUUGUUCCUCGACAUCUUGCUCAACAUCAACAAGAUUGUGAACCCGGAGAAGGCACGAGGUUCGGUAUUCAAGAACAGUGGCUCGGAUAACGGCAGUGCUGUCCCCAUGGACAUCGAUUCGGCUGAAAAGUCGAAAUCGAAGGGUAAAGGCAAAGGCAAGGCAAAGGACGCUGAGGCCGCCUCGACAGAGGCAAAGAAGUAUUGCAUCAUCUGCAAGUCAAAAACUCAUAAGACGGAUGAUUGCUACAAGUUGGCCAAAAAUGCGGACAAGCGGCCAAAUACCCAAGGGGAUGGCGCUAGGAAGGCGCAAGGAGGAAGCGGUAACCCCGCGGCCAAGAAGGCUAAGAAAACGCGGGUUAUUCAAGUCGAGCUUACGGAUAGCGAGGACGACACACCCCCGUCCACGAAAGCUGUGAGCGCCAACACUGCGAGAAUCGAGGAGAUUGCGAAUGUUGAGGAAUCGACUCUGGCUGGGAAGGAUGAACCCCAGCUGUCUGCAAAGACAGAACCCAUCGCAGCUACCUCGGAUUUUUGGAAGAAGUACAUGUGA